UGGUAGAUAAUCAGGUUCUGACUCUGAAUUAUGGUAAUGGUGACGUCUUCUUGGUCCUGAAUCUUUCCUACAGUUAAAUGGAAUUAUUCUCUUGGAUCCAGGACAACCUUAAUGCAGAAUAGAAGAAGAAGACUGGACUGAUCCGGUUCUGGAGCUAAACCUGACUGAGGACUACAGACAGGAAGGUUUCCAUCCAGAGAAAGUAGAUCCUCUGAUCCUCUUCUAGUCCAGUCUGUUGGUUUAACAUGGUCAGAGUUCUCUGCAGGAUCAUUGAUCAGUGAUUACUCUACACUUUAUUCCAGACCCAUAGGCCCAUAUCAGUAGACUUAAAAACAGACUUUUUUACAUCCAAACCAACAACAGAAGGAUAAAAUCACAGUUCAGCGUGUCUGGAGAGUGAGCAGCCACGCUCCACAGCUGAUAGGAUGGUGAGAGAGUGACCUGCAGCAGCUCUAACAGCUCCUUUAUGCCAUGAAGAAGAAUGAAUCCUGAGAUCCUUCUGUCCAAAAUGUCUCUGAAACCAGGAUCAGCUGUAACUGUGGUGAUUCUCCUGAUGAUCGUCUCCUCAGCUCAGACUCUCACCUGUGGAUCUACUGAGUUUUGGAUCAACAACAGGUGCUGUCCUCUGUGUCCUCCAGGGAGCCAUGUUGAUGAAGUCUGCACUGACUCCACUAGUACUAGCUGUUCAUCCUGCACUGAGGGAACCUUCAUGGACCAUCACACUAAUCUACCAUGGUGCUAUGACUGUUCAACCUGUGACACAGGUUCUGGUCUGAAGAUAAAGACUCCAUGUAGGAGGAACUCAAACACAGUCUGUGAACCUCUGGAGGGAUUUUACUGCAUAAAGUUUGCAGGAGGCAGCUGUUGGGAAGCACAGAAACACAGAAGCUGUGAACCAGGAGAAUACAUCAGAGAGAGAGGAACGUCUACCUCAGACACGCUCUGCUCUCCCUGCUCUGCUGGAACAUUCUCAGAUGGGACGUUUACAUCCUGUCGUCCUCAUAGACGGUGUGAAUCAGAGAAAUGGGACCUCCUGAGACCAGGAACUGACUCAGAAGAUGCUGAAUGUGGAGGACUACAGUCAGACAGGACGGUUCCUAUAGUUGUUGUUUUUGGUGGUGCUGUUGUUGGUGUUGGUGUUGCUGCUAUUGGUGCUGUUUUUUUAUGUACAGCAGUUGCAGAUGUAAUGAUCUGCAUAACAAAGAAGAUACAAAUGAUUCCAGAUUCAGGAGCAGAUAUAGAACCAAUGAAUGUCUCCCAGGGUGUGGCUUCAAACGGAGACGAACCUCCAGACAUGGCGACAGAAGACAGCGCAGUGUAACUGAUCAUGAUGGAGGAAGGAGAAGCUGGUGGGCAGUGGCGUGCACAGACUUUUUCAAGGGCAGGGGUGAAAAAAAAAACAGGGCACAUCCAGCGUGUUCUCGCCACUGAAGAGGGCGCUAAGUUUGGCAUGUUUUGGAGGUCACUUUAGUCAUGUUUAUAUGUUCACAAAUGACACAUAAUAUAGCCUCAAAACAGACUAACUAGACAGACUACUCAGGUUAGUUUGUAGUUAGGAUCAGCAUCCACAAGAACUGUGGAGAUUCAACGCUGGACUGUGAAGAACACAGAAAUAAAUCAAUAAAU